AUGGGUAUUUCUUGGUUGAGGAGAUUCAUGGAUGAUGUGGUCAAGUGGGAUCAGAAGGGAGUGUUUCUGCACAAGUACAGGGAAGCAGGGUUUUGUAUUUUGUUGGAAAUGGAGGUUAGUACAUAUGGUGUGUUUCUGAGGAUUACAAAGUCAAUGAAUAAUGAAAGGAGACUGGGACUUAUUAUCCCUAAAGGUGUUAAUGCAAAAGGAUGGAUUGAAUAUGGUAGAUUAUUGGAUGUUUCAAGGGGGAAGCUAGGUGGAAUGAAUGGGAGAAUUAGUAUAAUGAUAAGCAGCUGGCAAAUUCCGAUGGAGGUAACAGAGUUGAAAAAGAGGCAGAAUGCUGAUGCUUUGAAAGAACAAGUAAUGUCAGUGCCAAAUACAAAUCAAUUAACUGAAAAAGGAUCUGCUCCUAUUAGUUUGAGCGCCCCUGCUGUUAACACUGGUGGUCGUGAUGCCACAGCUCUAAGAGCCACGGAUUCUGGAUCUCCUGCUGCUGCCUCACCAGUUCCAGCUUUGCCAGGAGCAGUGGCAUCAGAAUUAAAUGGCUCAAGAGCAAUUGAGUCUUCUGUUAAGGGCUCACAAAGUGAGAACAGCAAUGAUAAGCCUAACGAUGCAAACGGUGAUUGCAAUUUAUCCGACUCCUCUUCAGAUUCAGAGGAUGUGGAAAGCGGACCUACUAAGGAAGAGUGUACCAUUCAAUUCAAGGUUUCUCUUGUCCUUGGCUCUUUAAAAUUCUUCUAA